UCGGACAAUGGUUCUCUUGAAUGCCUUCUAUUGAUUUCUGAUUUAUCCUAUUAAAACUCACUGUUAUCUAAGCUCUGAAGUGAACUGUCAGAUCUUCAAGGUGUAGGCACCGGAACAGAUUGCUAUGGGAAUAGACACCCUAACUCUGAGCCUCUGUGUACCCCCAUCCUACAUCCUACUGGUUUGAUACUGGAAGUCCAUAUAGCUCAGGGCACUUUCAUGAACUACCUAUUUGACUCGGACAAGCUUUGCCUUUAUUAUCUAAUUUUUCAGAACACUGCAUGCUUCCACUUUCUCUUAAGUCACCAAGUGCAGCGUUGUGUGGGUUCACAAGUACCACAUCUAGCAUGGGGCAUCACAGUUAAUACAUUCGUUUGAAAUAUAUAAUCAUAAUCAUGUGUCGUGAUGACUAUAUUAAAUACUGAGCACUCAAUGGGAAGGAUACUGCUUUCUACAAGUCAUUCAUACGUGCAAAGGGUACCGUCCCUGGGAGAGUCAUUCAUAUGUGCAAAGGGUAACAUCCCUGGGAGAAAGGCAUGGCACUCCAGUAAGGGAGGGGCUGUCCUGAGUGACUGGUUGAUGGGAUUGCGCAGUGGUGUGGCGGAUGGCAGAAUGCUCUGGCAGUUCCUUGAAAAAACAUAGGCCCCUUGAGGGUCAAAGAAAGGCUGUCGAGCCUGCCCUAAAUUUCAUCUCUGGGACCACUAAUAGUGCAAGGAGGCAAUGGACUCCAAUACUAAUCCUUUGAACUCCAUGCUAUGGAGUGUGUACCCACCCAAACACAUGCGUGCAAAUAGAUGCUUGGUAAUGUGAAGGAAAAGGGAAUUGUGGUGUCCUUCAAGGUUCAACUAAAUGAGGAGUAAGUGCUGUCUACCAGCUCUCCAACCUGGCUGUAUGUGACCGUGUAUUUUCACCUGCUUCAUGGCUGCUUUGACUUCUCACAGAGCCCCCACCCCCCAAACAAGGUCUCACGAAGUAGCUCUUGCUGUCCUGGAACUCACUAUGGAGAUGAGGCUGGCCUUGAAGUCACAGACAUCUGCCUGGGAUUGAUGAUAGGUGUGUGCCACUACAUCCCGUUCCUCAGAGGUUCUUAGUGUGAGCUUGCUGUGUGGUUGCACUGGAGUUAUGGUUAGGUCAGAAUCCCUUUGUUUAUGGUUUAAUAAAAAACUGAACAGCCUACACGUACUGGGUUGAGUGGAGUUGAGUGCACCUUUCUUCCUGCUUCUUUGUUUUCCCUUUUUUUUUCCCUUUUUUGAGAUAGGCUCGUGCUAUAUACAGCUAUGGCUGACCUGGUAUUUGCUAUGUGUCCCAGCCUGACCUUGAACUCUUGGUAGUGCUCCUGCCUCAGUUUCCCCUGGAUGCUUCGAUUGUAGGCGUGGACAUGUUUUUGUUGUUGUUGCAUGGUUGUUUAUCUGAAGACAGGGUCUCACUCUAGCUGCAGCUCCUGUCUCAGCCUCCAGAGUGGUAGAGUUAGUCGAAAGUGUUGUCACCAUGUCUAACUUCAAUAGGUUUUCUUUUUCUCCCCGUCUGUGAAUUAGUUAAAAAAAAAAAAAAUCUGUGGAUGGCAGGGCAGUUUGGGGGGAAAUGAUGUAAAGUGGGGAAUCUGGCAACAGGGGAGUAUGGAUAGCCCAUUAGUAGAGCGUUUGUUUAGCAUGCCUGAGUCCCUAGGUUCAAGCCACAGGAGUAAUAAAUAGAUAACUAAAUAAAUGGGAAAACAAGGAAAGCCCGCUUUCGUGGCAGCCUCGGAGCCUCCGAGGGGAGGGUGAUGAAACGCAGGCCUUCCGGCCCUCACUCAGUUCCGAGUUUCUGCUUGUGGGAAUCUGUUCCGAAUCCAAGUGCAAGUGGAAAACCCAUUUUUGGCCCCGGGGCCAGGCAAGCCAUCCUAUCCUGCCAAUCCUGCAAAUGUACUGCAGAAACUUGGGCCCCAGGAGGCAGGAGCUUGGGCUUGCUUCCCAAGAUCUGUGCAGCUGUCAAGGUGGCUGGGAUGUGACUGAGAUCUGUCCCCUGUACGGCUUUUUUGGCAGUGACCUUGGGAUCAGCCCAGCUUGCCACAGCCACUCUGGUCCCCUGCCACUAGAGUCUGUUAAAAGAAGCGCAAGGGAGCUAACAGAAGGGAGACUGCUCUCGGGUCCUGCCUUUCCUGGUGUCUGGCAGGUGUCGCGUGGUGCCAGCUCCCAAUGGCUACCACCCACCGAGCAUGGGUGCAGUCCAGGUUACAAAAGAAAACAAGAGGCCCCAGAGGGAAAAGAAGUCCAAAGUUUCCAAGGCUGCCUUUAACAUCAAACCAGUAAAUGGCCCCCAAUCAGAGUCCAUGGAAUACAGUCAAUGUGGUCAUGGGGAAGGAGAGCAGAGAUUGGAUUUGAUCACACAUCCCCUUGAAAAUGUAGGGAAAAAUGCAGAAAACAUGACAGGAGUCGAGGUGGAGAAAUGGACGCCAAGCCAGAAAUCACAUCUGGCAGGUCAAGUCAAGGGAGGCCUCGAUGCAAAUUUCACUGAGGUUGAAAAUUCCCCACCCCCCGAAGAUGUCAAGCAGCAAACCCAACCGUCCCCAAUGUUUGCUCCGACCGUAAGAAACGGCAUGAAAAAUGUGCACUGUUUACCUACCGACAACAACCUGCCGGUCAAUAAAUUGGAUCUUGAAGAAAUUAGCAAGGUUUUGGGAAAUGAUUCCUCUAAAUUGCUGACUGACCCCUCAAACUGCAACGAUGCCAUGAACGCCACCAUCACUUCUGCUGGGAAUUGUGAUCAUCUCAAGGGGACAAGUAACAUCUUGCUCUUCCAGAAGCCCGGCUUGACGUGCAGAUCUGGUGCAGACUCCACCAUCUUUAAUAACCACCCUAAUACACACAGUGCUGGUAGUCAACUCCAAACCCCCGAGAAGGUACCUAGUAAAGAACCAAAAGAUGACUCUCCGGUUCAGCCAAGUCUUCUGUCUCUCAUGAAAGACAGGAGGUUAACACUGGAACAAGUCGUGGCCAUAGAAGCCCUUACUCAGCUCUCAGAAGCUCCAUCCGAGAAUUCCUCGCCAUCGAAGUCAGAGAAGGAUGAAGAAACAGAUCAGAGAACGGCUAGUCUGCUUCACAGUUGCAAGGCUAUCCUCCAUUCUGUGAGAAAAGACCUCCAAGACCCAAACUUACAGGGGAAGUGUCCUCAGCACCAGGACACUGUCAUCUUCAAUGGCCAGAACUCAGCGUUCAAGUUGCCUGGUAGUUCAGCUACGAUCCAAGCACUUGUAAAGGCACAUGAACAGUCGGAUUCACUUACAGCUGAUAGGAAAUGUGUUGCUGGAGGCAAGCUUACCCUUGAUAGUUCUAAGAAUUCAUACCCACUGCCAGUAGAAAGUCAUGAUCCAGAAGACUGCACUCAGGCACUGAACAGCGAUCAACAGUUGAAGUCCCAGCAUGACCCACCAUGCCAGGAUGCACCGUACAGUCAAAUCGAAGAAGAUGUCGCAGCACAAUUAACCCAGCUUGCAUCCGCAAUUAAUUGCAAUCGCCCAAGCCCAGUAGUGGAGAAAGCUGGAAGUAUGCCAGGGAGCCUUGCUGCAAAGAAUGUCCAUCAAAAACAUAGCCAGGAGAAAGGCAUGGUACAAAAGAAACCACCUUCAAGUAUACAAAACAAACCUAGCGUCCCACCAGCAAAGCCAAAGAAGAAGACCCGGAAAAAAGCAAAACCGACCCCCAAAGCAGACAAGCGGAAAAAGGAGCCCCCAGUCCCUAGCUCUCAAGAAAAUGACCAGAAGAAGCAGGAGCAACUUGCAACUCAGUAUAGUAAGAUGUGUGACAUUUGGAUGUCAUCUAAAUUUCAAAGAUUCGGCCAUUCUGGACCACAUGAUGUUCCUCUCCUGUUGGGAGCUUUUCCUACCAUUGAUCAAAUAUCAACACCGACGGCUCCUUACAGCAUAUCCUUACAACACAAUGCUUUAUUUCCUCCUCUCAGUCAGAUAACAUUCACAAGACACUCUGAAUUGGCAAAGGAGAAAGUGAAAGUCGAGCCACCAGAUUCUCUACCAAAUUGCCAAUUCAAGACAGAAUCCAGCGGGCAGGCAAUUGCAGAGCCGGCAGAUCAUUCUCAGGUCCAGCCCAUGGUGAAUGUCCAUGAGAACAAUGCCCACCCUCUGCCCCAGCCCUCCUCUCCGUCUAUCCAGUGUGCUAACAUGACGCCUGGUGCUACUGAGACACAAUCUCAUCUAGGCACUCAAGAGAACCUGGUGCACCAGAUACCACCAACGUUGCCUGGUACUACUCCUUUGCUAAACCCAACAACCAGCUCCGCGAGAGGGACUUUGUUGAUUUUAAAUCAAAUUUCAGAUGGGACCGUGAAGCAUGAAGCAGAGGCAUCAAGUGACGGACCACUGGGUGACUCCGCCACCCCCAGGGUACAGGCAGAAUUGAAUAAGAGCAUCAAGACCUUGCUUAGCGAGCCUGUCAAGGUGCUGCUCGCCGGAGUGAGUGACUCAGAAGAGCCAACCUGUCACUGUAAUGAUGGAGGUACACAAAAAGACAAAGGCCCAUAUUACACACACCUGGGGGCAGGACCAAGUGUUGCUGCUAUCAGGGAACUCAUGGAGACUAGGUUUGGCCAAAAGGGAAAGGCCGUCCGGCUUGAGAAGAUAGAGUAUACGGGGAAAGAAGGGAAGAGCUCCCAGGGCUGCCCCAUCGCCAAGUCUGUGCUUAGGAGAAGCGGUCCUGAUGAGAAGGUUCUCUGCUUGGUCCGGGUGCGUGUAGGCCACACCUGUCAGACAGCUGUGAUGAUCGUGGUUAUCAUGCUGUGGGAAAUCAUCUCUCGCCCGAUGGCUGACUAUCUGUACAAAGAGCUCACGGAGAACCUACGGUCCUACAGCGGGCAUCCUACUGACCGAAGAUGUACCCUCAACGAAAAUCGCACCUGCACCUGUCAAGGCCUCAAUCCGAGGACGUGUGGAGCAUCUUUCUCCUUUGGCUGUUCGUGGAGCAUGUAUUUCAACGGCUGUAAGUUUGGCAGAAGCCGAAACCCCAGAAAAUUCAGACUUGCUCCAAACCAUCCAUUAAACAGCUACUAUAAGAGAAUCACUGGAGUGCGUUUUGUCAAGAGGAGACGCGUGAAGCCCGUGAGACCUAGACGGAUGGUUCCAGAACACAAGGCCCUGGAAAAAAGGCUUGAAGACAUGUUACAGGGCUUGGCGACCAAUUUAGCUCCAAUUUAUAAGCAGAUGGCUCCGGUUGCUUAUCAAAAUCAGGUGGAAUAUGAAGAUGUUGCUGGAGACUGUCGACUGGGUUAUAAGAAAGGCCGCCCUUUCUCUGGUGUGACCUGUUGCAUGGAUUUCUGUGCCCAUUCUCACCGGGACAUUCACAACAUGAAUAAUGGAAGCACUGUGGUUCUUACGUUGCUUCGAGAAGAUGGCCGAGACACGAAUAAUCCCAAGGAUGAGCAACUCCACGUCCUUCCACUACACCGGCUGGCAGACACUGAUGAAUUUGGCUCCCGGGAGGGGAUGGAGGAGAAGAUCCGCUCUGGGGCCGUCGAAAUCAUUAAGCCAACCAGGAAGAGGCAACGACGUUUCAACGAGCCUAUUCCUCGGUGUGGGAAGAGGCGGACCACAAUGAAGGAGCCGGACAAGAAACCAGCUGCAGCUGGAGUCAAAAGACAGAGGAGCUCCUCCAGUUCAGACAACACUAAAAACUGCUCAUCAGCCUCAUCUACGCCUCACCCGGUGAAGGAAGAAGACUCUCCAGACUUCUGUCCCACCCAGGCUCCCUCCGUGAAAACAGCUACCUGUACGUACAAUAAACCAGCCUCAGGCGGGUCCCCAGAAGCAAGUAGCGUUCCCCACUGCACAACGCCUUCUGGAACACACAGUGGUGCUAAUGCAGCUGCUGGCGAAUGCCCUGGCAUUGUCCAGCCUGGGGAGGUGGCGCCUCUUCCUCCCCCGUCUUUCCCCAGAGCAGACGCCUCUGGUCUUGCUGAUCCGCUCACUAGUCCGUCUGAGCAGCUAACUUCUAAUCAGUCCCUCGGCUGUCCUCAGGAACCGGCUUCCGGUCAGGCGGAAGACGCGCCGCGCUCUGGCGCCGACGAGCCUCUCUCCGAUGACCUGUCCUCCGACGAGGAUAGUAACAAUGCUCAGAUUGAUGAGUUCUGGUCGGACAGUGAGGAGGUCUACUUUGAUCCUAGCUAUGGUGGAGUGGCAAUAGCCCCCAUUCAUGGCUCGGUGCUGAUUGAAUGUGCCCGGAGAGAGCUUCACGCUACCACCUCUCUGAGUCAUCCCCAACGAGAUUGUCCUUUACGUGUGGCCCUUGUAUUCUACCAGCACAAAAACCUGAAUAGGCCUAGGCAUGGUUUUGACCUCAACAGGAUUAAGUAUGAAUCCAGAGACUUAAAAAGAAAAAAGUCCUUCGACCGGGAGGGUCCUGAUUUAUUCCGCGAAGCCAAUUUACUGUGCAAAAUUCCCUCCCGUGUUGCGCCAACCUUAACCCGCGACAACAUUGUCACUGUGUCCUCUUACGCUCUCACUCACGUUGCAGGACCCUACAAGGACUGGGCCUGAAGGCUUUCCUCCCAUAAUGCCUUUGCUGGUGCCGUGUAGUCUCUACGGUGCUGUUCAAAAGAAAGUCUCAUUGUUGUUUACUGUAUAAUUUCACCCAUUUCAGCUCGGAGGUAAAAUUUAAAAAGGGGGGGAGUGCUUAACUGUGACUAUAUUUUGAGAAUUGGUGGAAGGUAUACAUUUUCAGCAAAAAUGCAAGUUUUAUAGUUUAAAGACGUAAGGAAAUAUCUUGGUUAGGUGUUGACCAUGAUAGAAUCAUAGUUCGGUGCUUCAAAUUAAGCUUGUUUACUAUGAAGAGGAUUUUAACAGGUUCCUGCAAUAAGAUGUAAAAACCAAGAUACACAGUGUUCACUCUAUUCAGUUCCUGGUGCUUAACCACAUCAAUACGUGUAGUAAUGAGCUGAAUGAUUCAUGGUGCCGUCCCUCCAGCAGCUUCCGGUCAUUGCUAUCAUGUCUGCACAUUUCUUUGAAAUAAACCAAUGAAAUGCUUUUUCUCUUAAAAUAUCUCUCCUGUAUAAAAUAAUUCUUUAUUCUAGUGAUGGUUGGAGGCUGUUCGUUAACUGUAAAUAUAUCUAUUUUGAAAAGCACUUUCUAUUUUUAAAAGUAACUUGAAAUAGUAUAGUAGCAGAAUCCUAUGUCUAUUAUGUGUGCAUAUUUGCAUACCAGAGAAGUCAUUUAUUUGUGUAGAGUUCCAUACUGUUAAGUGCAGCCUAUAUUCAAAUAAUCUAUGACUUACGUUCUCUACUUAUAAAAUAGAGGAUCUCCAAAAAAUUAAAUACAAAGUGCCACCAAUAUCAAUUUCCCCUUUUUAACUAGAAGGAAAAAAAAAGGUGUUCUGAAGUGUCUUUAUGACAGAUGUUUUCAAAGGGAGAAGGGACAAAUUGGAAUCAAUAAAUGCUCCCAGUGUUUCAACAUGAGGAAGUAGAUAGUUUAGUUUUCUUUCCCAAAUGAGAAGAAAAUACCCUGUAGAAAUAAUUGAGGGGAAAAAUCUAUUACCUUUAUUGCUUCUAGGCCAGAGUCACAUGGAAAAAUUUGUACUGUAAGCCAAUUAAGAGUCUAAUUAUUCAUUACACUUAACCUUUUGGGUUUAGGUUACUGAUAAUUUAUUUGGCAACUCCAACUUCUUUAGUAAUCCCCUAUUUUGAAGGUCGUUCUGAUUAGUGUUCCAAGGUUCUUCUCACUGUUUAAGAAAGACUCUCCUAACAAGAAACCUAGAACCAAGAGAACUUUCAGUGAAAUCCCAAUGCACAGGUGCUAUGAUAUUCAAGGUAUUGGAUUCUUCGGAAGUACAGGAACCCUAAUGGUGCUUCUCAGUUUCCACAGGAAGCCCACAACUACUACCACUAUCUUGGUGCAAAUGCAAACAGUUCCCACAAGCUCUCUAGAGAAUAACUUAUUAAAAUAAUAUAUGGUGCAAAAGUUCUGACUAAGGAAGAAGAAGGGAAUAGGAAGUGUCCAUUGACAUUCCAUUAUUUACAAGUAGAUUUAUGCUCCUUGAGUAUAUACAGUAGGGUAAUCUGUUGACCUGAUUUAGUGUUUUGUGUGCCUUAGAUUUCUGUUUAAAAACAUGUCUAUUUUAAGUCUAGGGUUUCUUACAUGUGUAAGUAUAUAAAUGUGAUUGUUUAUUGCUUCGGCUGCUUCAGUAAGGUAUUUGUUAGUGCAUACUAUCAGGAAUACUCCCUUGUGAAGUUACCUUUGAGGAUUUGGCCUUAGCUCCCACUAGAAAUUGUUUCCUUGCCAUGCUCACUUCGGGGUAAAAUCUCCUCCUGCCUUUAUUCAUCCAUUUAUCUAUCCAUUUCUCCAAUGCACACUUAAUUGAAUCUCUGGAUUCGAUUUGAUUUUGUUUUCCUUGAAUCACUUCCCAGGAUGCAGUCUUAUAAAGACUGCUUGGAAUUACUUUCUAAGGAAAUAGCAAAUUACCUUUUAAAAAGAUAUAUACAUUCAAACUAAUUUAUUUUUAAUAUUAAGGGUUAUUCAAGACAGGGUUUCUCUGUGUAGCCCUGGCAGUCCUGGAACUUGGUCUGUAAACCAAGCAGGCCUGGAACUCAAAGAGAUCCAUCCACCUGCCUAUCCCUCCCGAGUGCUGGGCUAAAGGUGUGUGCCAGCAUGCCUGGCUCAAGAAUGGUCUUUCUUAUGAAACAACAAAAUAAAUUGGUUUGAGAUGACAGUCACUUAUCAACUCCUUUAACAUUCUUUCUGCACCUCUGUUGUUUUACUAUAACUACAAAUUCCUUUUCUUUAAUCUUAUUUGUGAAGCUCAGGUUAAGGCUGUUCAUGGUGUGAACACUGUCAUAUAACCUCCAUGAUAGCCCACCUGACGCUUUAUGAGACUGGGUCUCUACGUAGUCCUGGCUUUCCUGGAACUCACAUGGUCGGCCAGGCUAGCCUACAAUUCACAGAAAUCUGCCUGCCCCUGCCUCUGCUGGGAUUAAAGCUGUGCUCCACCCCUCUCCAAGCUGUCUUGUUUUUGUUGUGCUUGUCAGCCUCACGUAUAUCUAUAUCCCGUUUCCACUCUUCUACAUGGUACCAAAUAGACCAUGUCAUAAAUUCCAUUGAAAUGUAUUGUUGGGACAUGAGGCUGAUAGAGGUAAAUUUUUGCAACGUGUUCACAUCUUCAAUUGCCUCCCAAAUGUAAUCAUUGCAUUUGUGAGACGCAGAAGAACUUCAUUGGGUGAGAGCUGUAAGCCUUUCACCCUCUUACAGAGCUGAAUGGAUAGCCCUGUGGAACUGACUUGAUUCACACGAGCUAAACUACUUUCGAGUACUUUUACUCCUUAACAUUUCACAAGAGCAGGUACAAAACUAACCCCAGAUUGGUCACAUAUGUUGAGACUUCUAUGUGGGAUAAAGCUAUGACAUCUUCCAUCAAUUGUGGGCACAUUUGAACGUGCCAGCUAAGGUGUAUGCAGUCUUUGAUACAAAGUUGCCUUCACUUAACACCGCUCACUGCAUGAGAAUCAUUUUGAGUCUAGAUUUAAUACAACUGGAUUUUCAUCUUCACUAGUAACUAUAAGAAUUAUGAGGAGAAAAAAAAAGAAGAAGAAAAUAAUGUAGUGGAUCUCACUGCAGUAGAAGUCAUAAAGCUCAGCCUCUGUGCCCACAGCACAGAUGGCACCCAUCAGCUUGUAAUUGCUUGAAGGCUGCUCCGUUCUUAGAACUGUACAAAACAAACUUUAAUUUUCUCACCCAGAGAGUACUGUAUUAUGCAGAACUAUCCUUAUUUUUGGACAAGUCAAAAAUAAAGCAGCUUUCUGUCCUCGAGGGAGGUUCAGAGCACGAAAAGUAAUGGUUAAACUAGGUCAAGAAUCCCUUGACUAUCAAUAGCCUGGGCUUUGUGCGGAGAAAUUAGCUGACAUUUACCUAUGACUCUAGCCUAUUCGCUUUCCUGUAAAUAUGGCAAUCCCUGUCUUUGCCAUUCUCUCUGGAACCUAGUGUUAGGAAUACUUUGGCUUUAAGGGGUGGCUGGUGAAGCAGUUGAGAACAGCAUAUUUUCAUUGUAUAUACUCCCUAGUGGUGGAUGCACAAUCCCUUCCCGCCCCUCACCUAAUUAAGUGCCAGCAGUUAAUUGUGAUGUGGCCAUCUUUGUAACGGGAAUGCUGGUUUAUUGUGCAUAGCGCUCCUGAACUUGUUACUACAAUGUGGCAUAUUGAGCCCUGUGGUAUAGUCAUUGCUUGGUUGUUUAAGACAUCUAGAUCUUUUCAAAUGAAGUGGGUGUUUCAUAUUGUAUUUCUCUUAGCAUUAGGAAAUGAAUAAUGCCAAUCCAAUCCUGUUGUCAGGAGGACCAUUCAGAGAGAGUCAGUGAGUCCUCCUACAAAACUUGAUUCUGUAUAUUUUCUUACAAAGUGUGAAGACUCCUGAGCAUGUCUUUCUUUGUGUAAUGGGAGAUGGGCUUCUGUAUUAUGUUGUAGAUAGAGCUGGACUUUUAGAGUUUCAUGGUCUUGUGUAGCCAGUCUUGAACUACGGCUGAGGGUGUUGAGAACUUCUUUUUCCCUUUUUCUUUUGAAACUGGGUCUCACCAUGCAGCCCUGGCCAGUCUAGAACUCGAGACAUAGGCCUAGCUGGCCUUGAACCUGAGAGAGGUUCCUCCUGCCUCUGCCUCUGACUACACCCCCGCUGGUUUCUGUAGUUCUGGGAACUGAACCCAGGGCCUUGAGUGUGAUGAGGAAGCACUCUUAUCAACCUUCCCACCGUAGGGGAACUUGUUUUUGUUUUGUUUGUUGUAAGGAAUCAUGUCUCUACAAAACCUUAGCGUGUUGCCAAGGUUUUUUUUCUGGAAUUUCUACCUUAGAUAUCUCCUUUCUUAUUUGCUAGGGAACAGACACAGGACACCCUGCCCAGAUAUCGUACCUUUGUAUUGGCCCCAGUUCUUUUCCCAGACAACCAGUUUGCUCAAACUACGUUAUUCAUAAUAUCAAGUUGACCCUGAGGCCCCAUUGUGUUCAAAAUCACCUUAUGGCAGUCUGUAAUGUCUCUAGCUUUAAGUGACUUAUUCCUUUUGCACCUUCUGAUUUCAUCAUGAUAAAAAACCUGCUGCUCUAUGUGGAUUCUGGCUCCAUCGCCCAGCUCAUCCCUUAUGCAAAUAAGGUUCAUUUGAGUUGCCACACAGAUCCUCACUCCUCUGCCUUCCUUUUUGAGACAUUAUCUCAUUAUGUAGUCCAGGCUGGCCUUCAACUCUGUUUUGCCUCAGCAUCUUUUAAAAUGUGUCACGAAGCCCCACACCCAGCUUGGCUGAAAUCUGUAAUCCCAACUGUCUGAGGGACUGAGGCAGGCUGAUAGAAAAACCACACAAACAGGGAACAGGGCUGCAGAGAGCUGAGUGCUGAAGUGCUUGCCUACCGAGCUGGAAUACCCCUGGGUCCAGUUCCCAGGAUUGCAGAAAGGAUCGAGAGCGUGCGUGCGUGCGUGCGUGCGUGCGUGCGUGCGUGCACAACUUUUCAGUUAGGGGUAAAUACAAUUUAAAUAUGCCCAUUCUCUUGUGUGGCUUUUCCGUCUCCAUCUGCUAGAUUACAAAUCAGCCAGGCAUGUUUAAUCACUGGGUUUUAUACACAGAUAGACUUGCUUUUCCUUAUCCUACAAAUUUAUUUGUUGAUAGGAACCUGUUUCCUGAGAUAAAUUUACUCUUGAAAUUCUUCAACUGUAAUAGGUAAUAAUGAUAGCCCUGGUAUAAUGGAAUUAGAAACUUCUUGUCUGAAAUCCCCCAGCUCAGACCUUACAGCCCCACAUUACUACACAUAAUCUAAUUUCCAAAAUAAGUCCUUGGUGAUGAGCCACCGGAAGCUCUGGUGAUGGAGGCAAGGUGCAGAAAGGGGAAUUAUGCUCCCUUCAGCAACCAGAGAGAGAUUCACGCACCAAAGCUCAAAACCAAGAAGUACCUGUAGUAUUUCUUAUCUACUCUCUUCAAAUUUUAACUGGAAAUGGAUGCUUAAUCAAGAUAAUACUUUGAAAAUAAAUAUGACAUUAACAAAAUAAUAAGCAUCUAGCCCUCGGUGUGGUCCACACACCUAUAACUUCAGUUCGUGGGGAGACAGAGGCAGUAAGAUUUUAGGUUUAAGGCCAGCCUCAGCUACAUGAGAUCCUGUCUUAUGGACCGCUUUGUACAACUUUUUCUCCCCAAUAUUGAAGCUUAGAAAAUACAGUUCUCUUUUAGAGAUGACCGCAAGCAACAAGAAAGGCCAGUAGCUUACUCCAUGUCACAUAGCCAGUCAAGGAAUAGAAGUGAUGUGGUGAUUAUGAGUGUUUUGCUUCCGUGUACGUGAGUCACGAGUUCGGUGCCCGUCGAGGCCAGUAGCAUCCCCAGGAACUGGAGUUAGGUUGUUGGGAGCUGCCAUCUCAGUGCUGGAAAUCUAACCAAGGUCCUCUGGAAGAGUAACAGGUGCUCUUAACCAGUGAGUCAGUCACCCAGGCAUGAAAGGCUCUCCAGCUGCCAAGUGCUCUAUGCAGUUAGGCAGGAAAAACUGAAUUAGGGUGUUACUGAAUAGAGCUAGCAGAAACAUGAAAAUUAUUUAUAAAACAUGUUUCUUAGCAAUUUUGUUUCCAUUGUUUAACUACCCGUUGUCAUUCACAUGUUAAAGGUCUCCUCAAAUUCUCUUUUGUGCAUUAAAGGUUAGGUUUAUGAUUUAUAUUUUGCUGUGUGUGUGUGUGUGUGUGUGUGUGUGUGUGUGUGUGUGUGUGUGUGUUUAAGGCAGGUUCACAAUAUAACUCUAGCUGACCUGGAAAAUUCUAUAUAGCCCAGGACCAAAUUCUAUGAUCCCUAGGUACAGGGAGUGUAUGUGUGAACCACCCUAUUCAGUGAUCAAAAGUAUAGAGAAUAUCCCUUUACUAUUAAUAGGAAGACAAAAUACUUUUUCCACUAAGUAAUUUUUUAAAUAGGACUUUUAAAGCCCCUCACAAUCAAAGUUUAAUAUAUUUGUUUAAAUAUAUUGAAAUGAAGGCUUCUUGAAGGAAAUGGUGCUAGCUGAACAUUUUAGUUCCUAGCCCUUUGCUAUAAAUAUGUGAAAUUAUUAUCUCUAACCGGUUGUAUUGUCUCUAGAUGCGUCUUGUUGGAUUGUGUGUGUGUGUGUGUGUGUGUGUGUGUGUGUGUGUGUGUGUUCCUUCCACUUCCUUUGUAGCCAUAUAAAUCUCUGGAGCAAAUAUACCUUUACCUAGAAAGUUAAGAAUACUGAGAUGUAUUUGUAAAAUUUCUAGUAAUCUCCCUAUAGGUUAUUUUACCGACCUCUCUAUAUGGAAGUAGCAUAUUUUGACUAUUGUGAUUACAUUCUUUGGCACAAAAAAAAAAAGCAGUGUGUCUUUGGGUUUGGGGGAACAGGCCAAGUAACCUUGACUAUUCAAGUGAGACCUCCUCUUAAGUUGGCGAGUUUCUUUCCAGCACCUGUUUUGUGCUCUGAUGAAAUGGCCGGCUGUAUUUGACUUUACAAACACAGUUCCUAGGAAAGAUUAAAUAUUUUUAUUGCAAUGUAUGGUCCUAUUUUUUUUAGCCUUUAUGGAGUUAACAUUGUGAUAGGUGCUUUAAGAGAAAUAUUUUUCCAGAAAUGGUUUUAUAGCUAAAACUAUGGGCAGCUUUUGCAUUGUGAUGUGUGGGUCGAUGGUUAUAUUUGGGUUACUAGGAAAUUUUGAAGUGUUCCCUAAGGAGAAAGCUGAACGAUUCCAUGGCAGAGAGAUCAAUAUGAAUUUCUAGUUUGAUCAUAAUGUAAGUUAACAUGCAUGUCAUUAGCUUAGUUUUCAGGAAUCAGCAGAAUGCUUAUCAUUGGUGGGAUUAAAACAUUUUGUUCGCGUUCUUCACCAUAUACAGCAGUGCUGAAUUUCCUCUAGGCACAUAAUCAUUUCCCUAAGAUAAGGCCUUGCCGCCUAACUCUUGGAAUAUGUUUACUGUUAACUUUCAGCAAUGCCAUCCUGCCAUUGUAUCUCACUAAUUGAAGUUUUUAUUAUAGAAAAUGCUGUUCAGAUUCCAAAAACUAUUUGAUUUGGUUCUUCACCUAUGAGGGGACAGUUACAGAAAGCACUUCAUCACAUUAAAGGGAAAGAGAAUCUUAUAACCAUGAUGGUUUUAGUACGUGAUCAAUACUGAGUCCUCUGCACAGAAUGGAACACUUCCUAGCAGUACUUGAAUACUUGUGAGUUGGAAUUGCAUGUUACUUGAAAGAUCUAAUUAAGCUAAAUUUUGGUGCACAGCGGUUGUACAUGAUUUCAUGUUUAUGUAGCAGAAUACAUUGAAAUGUAUUAGUAUUGAAACAUAAAUGUAAAAAUAGUUGUGGAAAUUGUCUUAUAUUUUCCUUAUGUCUCAUUUGUUUAAAGCAUAAAUUUUCUUUUAUUGUUCUAACUAAAUAAGGAGAAAUGAAUACUGUAAUUGAAAAUAUAUUUUAAAUCUUUUUGUCAUGUGUUUUUUUUUUUAAGCUAUUGCAAAUUGUAUCAUUCCUGAUUAUACAGAACUUUGUGGGUGGUAUAAAAUAAAUUUUAUACUUCUAUUUUGCACCUGGUGGUCUAAUUUUUCUUUGCUCUUCAUAAUCUUAUUGAAAAAUAUAGCUACCAUUCCCAUUUUAAUUACAAAAGACUUAUGGUUUAAGCAAGCAGAUCAUGUUUAAGCAGAAAAUCAGUGCUACGUGCUACAUUAGAAGACAUACUAAGCAUACCCAAAGCCCCAAUCCAUAGAACCCAAAGAAAGGGUUGUUUUAAUUUUAUUUUAUGUGCCUGAGUGUUUUGCCUGUAUAUACUGUCUGUGCACCAAGUGUAAGCCCCUGGAGGCACUCUAGUGGGCAGGCCCCUCCCGUGAGGACCUCUAACUGCCAGGUUCCAUCCCCAGAAUACUCUUAAAUUCCCUAAUUGCUGGACCCUACCCCCACCCUGCAGAGCAAAAAGCCCAAUCUCUGGACAUGAAAUUCCACCCUGAAAAGUUCUAUCCCCUUCCCAAGAAGCUCUAUAUAAGCCCUCUAUCCUGUUCAGUUUGCUGCUGUUUCUUGCUCAAGCCACCCUGCUGGUUUUUUUCCCUCCCAAUAAAUCUCUUGUGUGA